AAGAAAAAUCUAUUCUUGGUAGGUAGGUGCCAACAUACAAUAGGCCUAGUAGCUAGUAGACUAUAAUCAGCUUCGUUCGUUCGUUCGAGCGAGGUCCGUCUAUAGGUAGGUAGGGGGCUCGGGGACACGGGGUAAAUGUAAUCAAAUGUUCCUAUAUGGGUCCUAUACUAAAUACAGAGUAAAUAAAUUCAUUUGAUUUCAUAUUACUAUUUGGUGUAUUUAUACUCAUUUGGAUCAAACUCACCAAGAAUCCAUGCACAGCUUAUUAUAACCGGAAGAAAAAACAGUUUAUACCACCUAAAAAAAUGACUACUAAAGAGCCAGAACCUCAGCCUGAAAUUGUAUCACAAGAUUGGACAUUUACAGUGUCCGCUCCUGAGGUUGGCCCUAGAGAAAGAGUAUACAUAAGUGGUAGCAUACCAGAACUAGGAGAAUGGGACUAUAAAAGACUGGUCCUUUUAGAAAAUCAAGGAGGAACCGACAUGUGGUCUAUUACAAUAACUAUUCCCAAUACUUGUUCUGUAUUUUAUAGAUAUGCUGUAUGCAUUCCAAUUGAUGAUACAAAUGAUGUAAUGGUGCGUUAUUGGGAAACUAGUAUUCAUCCCAGAGUCAUCUUGGAGUCUAUGGUAAAUCCAGUCACUGAUAUUCUUGGUGAAAUCAGCAAUGAAAACAAGAUUACAAAAGGUUGGCUCACUAUGCAAAGUAUUUUACAGUUUAAGUUUAUGAAAAAUCCUCUAAAAUUGAAAAGUCGCCUCAGUGAGAGACUCAUGAACAUCAAAGUCACUCCAGUGAAAUUGUCAUUUGGUACGGAACAUCCUGUGGAAGAUUCUUUGAGUGUGGACACAGUGGAUAGUGAAAGUCCACCUGCUGUGAUUGUUGAAGUCUCAACGUUAAAUAAUGACCCCAAAAUUUGUAGCUUGAAGUCACAAGACCAAUUUGGUACAGAGUACAAACCAAAUGAUAUAUUGCUUGUGAAUGUCAUGACUCCAAAUCUCCAAGGUCUCGCAUAUUUAGUGGAUGUUUUCUCAUAUAGUUCUCGUGCAUCAUCUGAAGACCCACCUUGCCAUGUUGGCUACACUUAUGUUUUACCAAAUAUGUUUAAACCUUCUGAAGGUACAUUAGAGUUACCAGUUACUUGCAAUGUAAAGCAUCGACCUUUAGGAACAAUUAAUAUUGAAUAUUUAAUAAUACACCCAAUGAUAGAGCAGCUAUGUGACAUGCAAGUGUCAUAUGCAAAACAUUGGGAUCCAACAUGGACGGGAUUAGAAGUGGGGCACCGAGGGCUGGGUGCUAGCUUUAAAAAUAAGGAAGGUAAUAAUAUCCGUGAAAAUACUGUAGCUUCUUUAAAGAAAGCAGCUGCAAGUGGGGCAGAUUUGCUAGAAUUUGAUGUUCAGCUAAGUAAAGAUAUGAUACCAGUUAUAUAUCAUGACUUUCAUGUGUGUAUAUCAAUGAAAAGAAAAAAGGAAGUUGAAUUUUCUGAAAUGUUAGAAUUACCAGUAAAGGACUUAACCUUGGAACAGCUUCAAAAAUUAAAGGUAUAUCAUUUGGUAGAAGGGCGUAACCAUGAAAUAUUAUUCUUCGAUGAAGAUUUAGAGGAACAUCAACCUUUUCCCACAUUGGAAGAUGUUAUGAAAAAGAUAGAUGUCCAUGUGGGUUUCAAUGUGGAACUUAAGUGGACGAUGGAGAUGGAUGACGGGACAUUUGAGUUGAACAAUCCAUUUGAUAUGAACACAUAUGUUGAUAAGGUAUUGGAGGUGGUAUUGAAACAUGCCGGUGAGCGCCGCAUUGUGAUUUCCUGUUUCAACCCAGAUAUUUGCACAAUGGUGCGGCACAAACAGAAUAAAUAUCCUGUCAUGUUUCUCACCUUGGGCAUAACGAGCCGCUACCAGGCGUACCGCGACCCGCGCUGCCAGUCCAUCCCCGCGGCCGUGCAGAGCGCCGUCAGCUCCGACAUCCUCGGCGUCGUCGUCCACACCGAGGACCUUCUCAGGGACCCCACGCAGGUGCAACUGGCAACUAACGCGGGUUUAGUUAUAUUCUGCUGGGGAGAUGACAACAACGACAAAAAUACAAUAAAGAGAUUGAAAGAAAUGGGUCUACAUGCUGUGAUAUACGACAAACUCGACCAAUACACAACCAAAGAAGUCAAGGAGAGCAUAUUUUUGGUGGAAGCGCGUGAGUCCCAGCGUGAAAUAAUGCGCUUGGCGGCGCUCGAGGACCUCCCCGCCACGGAGAGCUCGGCCUCGGCCGCGACUCCGCCCGAGUCCGCCGCCAGGGUCUUCCUCGACCUCUCUCUGCGCGACCGAAUGCGGGACCACUCCACUGUCACCUCGUUAGAGUCGCUUGCGUCCUCGAUAGACCUCAGAGACGACAACAACUCUGACUCUAAUCCAUUGAAACGGAAUAGGGACAUUAUUGGAAAUGUUGAUAAAGAUUACCAAGUGAAAGAACAAAAGAAUUCAUUCCGCAACUUAUUUCCAGCCGGAGACAAUUCUAAAGGAUCCCCGAAAAAAAGCCGUAAAUCUGAUUAAAACUUUGGUUUUGAUCCAUUAACAUAACUUUAUACUACCUACUUUCCAUUCUGUAAUGCAAAUUUCAUUGCAAAAAUAAAAACUAGGAAUAAAAGAAGUUUUCCUUAAAAAAUAUAUCAAUUUUUAACAUGGUAACUUUUAACUUGGUCACUAGUCAAAUUUUGAAAACGGAUUUGGUUCAAGAAACUAGCCCGUUAUACACCCUACAAAUCCAGCUAUCAGAUGCCCGAUUCUCAUGCCACCGGAUGAGGUUCCUAUUUAAUUUCCUUUUAAUCGAAGUGAAGGGGUAUAUUAUUCCGGUCGGUAUAAAUCCUAUUCCACCUGUCGCUUAUCUACCAACGCUGAAAAAUGAUUUUUUAUUUAAACUUUAUUGCGCCACUUAUGUAUAAAGUUAACAAAAAUUCUCAUAUAAAUUUGGAAAAUAUCAACCUUCAUGUAAUCAAUUAUAAUACAUCAACUCGAGAUAUUUUAGUGAUGUGCGCCAGCUGGCAGUUUGGAAGCGGCGGCUUUGUCACAGAGGCCGCUUCCAUACUUGGUUAAGGUACCCAGAAAUGUCAAACUAUUCCUAAUUCGUGGCAGGCAGAAACAUACUUAUCCUGGCGGCGCCCAAAAAUGUAGAAAUGGGUACGGAUUUGAUUUUUUAAAUAAUUUACAUAACAAGCAAGGGUGAAUUUCAAGAGCGUUUGAACGCGGCGUGUGCAUUAGUGUCCGACAUUUUUUUUAAAUAAUCUUUUAUUUUUCAAAUUAAACAUUUAUAAAAUUAACAUUGUACUAAUACUUUACUUAUUUAUAAAAGAAGAUAAUUAAAUUGAUUACUGUGUAUGGUACAAUUUAAUAAACACAAAUGACAGCCCGGGACGGAGUUCAAAACGCUCGUGAAAUUCACUCCCAACAGUUUUAGGUAAUCGGAUUGGACAACAAAACUUUGAUUCUGUUUGUGGCCCCAGAAAUGUGCAAUAUGAUAAAAUCUGGCAUAAAAUCUAACGAGAGUUACGGCGCGGCGAGGGUGGGACCCAUAUUAAAAGUAUAUAAGUCACUCCAGUGCUGUAUCUAGUAAAAUUAUGUAUAUAGCUAAUUAAAAGCAUCAACCCCUUUUUACGGCACUGAGAUAAUUGUAAAAAAAAAUCACAAAUGCAACGAUUUGAUAUUUCAAUUUUAUUAAUUAGAAAUUUGGCACAUUUGUUGGCUAUUACAUAAGAAAUCUUCAUUAGGAUAACACAAUAAAUGAUUGUAUUAUGACUGCUUUAGUCAAAUAAAUUACAUUUAUAUUUCACUAAAUAUAUUGACGAUUAUUCUCAUCAUCACUUGCGCUAGUAAACCAUAUGUUUUAUUCAUGAACCAAUUAUACAGAAGGACCUGGUGUGUCUAGUUUUGAACAGACGUCAUGGGAAGGGGGUUAGCUUUCCGCCUCAUACAACUUUUGUUAGAGAAAAUACAAUAGGGGGCAUCUUCUCUGUUUUUGAUUCGUGGUUUUAUUAUCAUUUUAGUAUUUUAUUACUAGCCUUUGAGUAACCUUUGAGGGACGACAGUCAAUAAAAAUUGAUAAAAUGCAAUACAUAUUUUUAUUAUAUUUAUUUUGUUUGGCUAUAGUUGUACGUAAUAUCUCAUAAAUAGUUUCACAUUUCCCACUGGGCUUGCACGACGUUGUUCACAUCUCACCAUUUACUUAGCAACUUCAAUAAAAUCUUUACCUACCUACAAAUAGACAACAAUGCAAUGUUAUAGUGUAAGAAAUUGAACAUGUCUAAUGAGUUUAAACGUUAUUGUACUCUUUGUGUAGCAAGUUUGGGUGCCUUUAUUAAAGACGGAUAAAUUCAAACUAGUCAUUGUCCUCCGAACAUACCAAUGCGCAGACCUCCCGAGUCGUCGCCCGCGCGGUAACAGGUGCCGGGAAUACCUACCCACAGGCGAAGACUCAUUUAAACAGUCGAGCUAGAGAAGAAAAUAGUUUUAAAUGCUGAUACGAUGACGUUCGUU